UUCAAGUUCAUGCAUGUUUUGUUGUUUUUACCAUCGUUUUAAAAAAAACAUCAAAUACGUCAACUUAAAAAAUAUCGUCAAAUGAGUCUUUCUUGGGAGAAUUGAGUGCUGGUGACAAGGCUUAUGACUUAACGAUGCGCCCAAUAAGAAACAUAAUAUGUGAGGUGUAGCAGCAGGUGACAAAUAUACAAAAACAGGUUUAUUUUUUGCUAGGUAAUCCAAUAACGAAAAUGGCAACACACGCCAAUGGUAAGCAUAGUACUGGUCCCGUCGGCAGUGAUGAUGAUCUGCCUGAUUUUGAUUUCGGCUCUAAAAGUGACACGUCAUUCAGCAAAUCAAAUCAUUCCGACUACAAGUAUGAUCUCGACAGCUUGGUGGCAGAAAAGAGGAAGAAAGAUGUAAACCAGGAAAUCCACACAAAAGAAGCCGAGAUACAGGCAUUUAUUGCAACGGGAGGAGUAGAAAAAUGCCCAAUUAUUCCUGCAACAUUACCUACUGCAGGAAACAUGCAGACUCUAGUGGACGUAGCACGACUGCAAAUGUUAACAGCACAGAAAGCAGAAAUAAAAGAUGAUGCCCCAGGAGAAGCAAUCUACGACAAACAUGCUGCAUUCAAGCUAUUGUCAUCUGCCACCUUAUCACUGAAAUCGUGUGGGUUUACCCUUCAUGAUGGACCAUUUGAUAGGUUACUAGAGGAGGCUUCUGCAUCAGCAGAUCAGCUACAGAGUAUUCUACUAGAUGAAACCAUUCAUGUCUACUUCCAGAGUCUCAGUUGCAAGUCGGAAAUUGCCAAAUGGCUCUUCUAUGUUGUGGCAUUGCAUGAGAAUCCUACGGUAGUGUUGGCUGCAUUCAACAGCUUAUGGCACAUCCUGAACUUGUCAGACUCCACUACUCAAGAGAGCAAGCCACUCUUCCAUCUUUUCCUUAAAGAUAUUGCCAGGGUGUUUAUCAACUAUGGAAUGAAUAUCAGUGCAAUUCGGCCUUCUCUCUUACUAUGCGACAUCAAGGAAGCUGAUCUGUAUGAGGGACUUCAGCCAGAAGGAGUAGAACAUCACCUUCAAAUGGAAAAAACAGAAAAUUUGCCAUUCCUUUGCAAUCUAAAGUAUAUAUUUCAGGUGUUGACAUCCGUGUUUACUAGGAGUGAAUAUGCCUCUGCAUAUAACUGCGUCGAAAAAGCAGCACUGGUCAUACUGUUGUUUCAUGCUGGAAUGGAUUCCAACCUCAUUGGAGAUGCAAUCCUAGUCGACAUACAGACGUGUAUUGGAGUUGUAUUGAACACAUUCCAGCCUGCCAAAUGGCCUCUAACGGUUUGUGAGUUGUGCUGUCACUUGUCGAAACUUAGCAGUAACCAUGCCAACCAAUUGCAUAUAGCAGAUAUGUGUGCUGCCACUGCAAGAGGGACUCAGCUCCAGAAAAGUAUCAGUUUCACGUUCCUGCAACUGAUGUAUAAUGAAUUGCCAGAAUAUUUACCGGAUGUGAUGCCAAAAGAUCUGAUGGAUCUCUUGACUCAGACUUCUAAGCUAGCUUUGACAAGCUCAGGAUACUACAAGUUGUACAUUGCUGUGCAAAUGAUGGAUCGCUGUAUUGGCAGUGAAAAAAUCUCGACAGCUGAUAAGGCCAGCCUUCAGCAGUGUAUUUGGUUGCUGAGGUUGGGUAUUGGCGCAGAUAUCAGAGAAAGGGUCACAUAUCUUGAUCCCACACGUGUAAAAGACCUCAUUGUAAGGGUUACUAGCAAGUGGCAUCUCAUGUGUCAAGCUGUAAAUACUACACAGCCGAAGAUGUUCAAUUACAUGGGAUCACCUGUGCAGAGCAGAGAAAGCGUAGCACAGUGCCCUGAGGUGGUACCUAGCACAGACAGUGGUUAGACCCUGAGACUAUUGGUAGAAGUAUGCUAGCUUCUACUAACCGUAAGCAGUUGGUGUGGGGGCAGCUGCUCCCUUGCAUCCCAUCGCCAGGGGGUGUUACGAAAACGAAGACCUCGAAAACAAAGACCAAAGACCUCGAAAACGAAGACCCCCUCAACCAGGCCAUUGGUACUACAACAUUGCGGAAGAGUCUGCUAGUGCCCUGACGUAUAAAAUAUGGUAUUUUGGUAUAAGGUUCUUCGUACUGUAUUUUUGAGCGAAUCCGUUGCGUUAUCGAUGAAAUCUAGCCGGGUCUUCGUUUUUCGUGAUUUCACCCCCAAAUUACGAAAACGAAGACCCUCAUCAAACUGCUAAAAUACCAUAUUUUAUAUGGCAGGGCACUAGCAGACUCUUCCUCGAUGUUGUGGUACCAAUGGCCUGGUUGAGGGGGCCUUCGUUUUUGGGUCUUUGUUUUUGGUCUUCAGUCUUCGUUUUCGAGGUCUUGGUUUUCGUAACACCCCCUCGCCAGCUACGGCCUCAAGUCUAAAUGUACUCUUGUUGCCGCGGCUCGACGUAACUGUUCCCAUGACGAGUACACGAGAAAGAGACGCCUCGUCAGCCGGGUUUUGCUCAGUGUCAAUGUGCCCCCACUGUGAGGUGUCUGUGCUCUC